CUUCGAUGGUGAACAGUGAUUUAAAAAAAGAAGUGUAAGCCAAAUGAACCCUUUCCUCCCCAACUUUGGUCAUGGUGUUUCAUCGAAGCAAUAGAAGCCCCAACUAAAGCAGGUGAAAGUAAACCAUGACAGAAACAGAUGGCUUCUACCAAAGCAGGGAAGUGUUUGAUCCAGCAGAACAGUACAAGAUGGACCACAAGAAGAGGGGAAUUGCCCUAAUCUUCAACCAUGAGAGGUUUUUCUGGCACCUGAUGCUCCCAGAGAGGCGGGGCACUAGAGCAGACAGGGACAACCUAACUCGAAGGUUUUCGGAACUAGGAUUUGAGGUGAAAUGCUUUGACGAUCUCAAAGCACAAGAACUGCUGCUCACGAUUCACGAGGUGUCGACCUCAAGCCAUGUAGACGCCGAUUGCUUCCUGUGUGUCUUCCUGAGCCACGGGGAAGGCAACCACAUUUAUGCCUAUGACGCCAAAAUUGAAAUUCAGACAUUGACUGGCUUGUUCAAAGGAGACAAGUGUCAGAGCCUGGUUGGAAAACCCAAGAUAUUUAUCAUUCAGGCCUGUAGGGGCAACCAGCAUGACGUGCCAGUGGUUCCUCUGGACGUGGUGGAUCAUCAGCCGGACAGGCCGGACAAUGUCACCCAGGUGGAUGCCGCCUCUGUGUACACCCUGCCUGCGGGGGCAGACUUCCUCAUGUGCUACUCCGUCGCAGAAGGGUAUUACUCUCACCGAGAGACUGUGAAUGGCUCCUGGUACAUUCAGGAUUUGUGUGAGAUGCUGGCGAGGUACGGGAAUACCUUGGAGUUCACGGAGCUGCUCACGCUGGUGAACAGAAAGGUCUCUCAGCGACGUGUGGACUUCUGCCAGGACCGAGGUGCGAUUGGCAAGAAGCAGGUUCCCUGCUUUGCCUCAAUGCUGACCAAAAAGCUGCAUUUCUGUCCCAAGUAGGCUUAUCUCUCUUGUGUUUGUUAUUUUUCAAUCAUGUUGGGCAUGGUGAAAGGACUAAAAGAAAUCCUCAGGAAAUUACUAUGCGUAAAUGUCUACCAGCAUUUAUUACAUUUUUAGCAAACUGCAAGAUUACUCAAAAUGCCAGUUAGUGCCUUACAUUUUAUGACACUAUUUCUACAAGUUUAUUGUAGAAUGUUUUUAAAAGAUUUUUGAAACUCGAGAAUGAGAUUGUUUUCACUUAAUAAAAUACCUAAAACUCA